AUGGACGUGGAUUUAUUAAGACCAGGAACCGUGCCUAUUUCUCCGGAUACUAUUUUGUGGUUCGAAUUCUUAUUGAAUCCUUCUCUACUCGAAAAACAUCUCUCGAAGCCACUGCCAGAUCCAUCACCUACAGACUUGAUCAUAAAAUUCAUGUCAAUUAAUUUUGAUCAAAAGGAGGAGACCAAAAUUAUAGAUCCCGAAGUUGGAGAAAUCAAACCCAAUGGACACAGUAAAUGGCCUCAUAAGACUUUAGCUCUGAAAAUUCUUUCUCUAAAGGUUGCUACGUAUCUCAAAUGGGAUUUAGAUUUAUUACAAAAGAAAUUGCCUUUGCCGAUGCAAUUGACGUUGCUGCAAGACUUGUUUUACAUUACCACAGAUGUUAUUGUCGAAAUUCCUGCUGUUCCUGAGUAUUCUGUAAAUUCAGUAUCAGAUCAGGUCUUAUUUACAAUUGUUUUGUACCACAGAUGGUAUUUAAGAGCUAUUAUUUAUAGAGCUCUACACAAUAAACAAUGUAAACAACAGUUUAUACAUAUACCAGGAAUUCAAGAGUCGACUUUUAUACCACCUGGUGUUUCUGACGAAAUAAUACGGAAAUUAGAAGCUCAUGUAUCAAAUGCAUUGAAUGUUCUUAAUGCUGUUUUACAGUCAAAUGAUUUAAAACCAAAAGUUCUCUCAUUUGAUACUUUCCAAAUGUUAACUGAAGACAGUACAGAAGUUAAGCAAAAUUGGGAAAAGAUGAUACCAAUCACCGUUGAAGAAUUUAAGUGUCAGAUACACUAUGAUAUUGCAGUCUUCCAUUUGUUAAGAGAGGAAUAUCAAACUGCGAAGCAUCAUAUUUGCCAAGCAAGAGAUUUAUUCCUCACAUUAAACAAAACAGAACCGUUAUUGUAUUGUACAGUAAAAAAGGAAUUCUUAGAUGGCUGUUGUUUAGCAUGUGAAGUACCAAUAGAAGAAAUUCAACCUAGCCUAACUCAACAAUUGCAUAGAGCAAUUAGAGACCAAUAUACAAAUAUUCUACAGAUUUUACAGUCGGACAAUAUUUCAAGGGAAAUUCCUCAAGUGUACAGAGACAAUUUGGAACUAGAUUUGCAGGGUGGGUUAGCGAACAGAAAAAUGGUUGUAUCCAGAGAUUUACUCCUGCAAAUCCAGUGUCUUAAUUUAGUUCGCAAAGUAGUAGACAGUGACGUUGUUCUUGGCGAUUAUCCUAGCGAGAUUAAAGCAGCUGGUGCAAAGGGCUUGGAUUUACUCUUUUGGGCUCUUAAUACUGUUCUGGAAAAAGCGUCACCGACCGAUAACAGACGCAUCGCUCGUUACCUCUUGCAUCUUGUACUUUCCAGUGACAUAGAUGGUCUCACAAGCAGAAUUCUUAAUACACCCAACUGUAUAGCACUUUUUAAUGAAACGGAACGUCAUGAAAUUGAAAUGGAAACUACUUCUGAUGACUUGGAUAUGCCCGACCUGCUUCUGAAUAAUGAUUGGGGUGUUCCGCUUCAGACUUACACACAGAAUCCUAGGCUCGAAAUCUUCGAAUUGGAACAACGAUUGAUACUCUCAUACAAUCCUCAUGAGAUUCGUGACAUCAUAAUACAGUUGGCUGAAAAGAAUCCGAUGAAACCAUUAUGGCCAGUAAACAGCUGCUGGGAGUUGCCAAUACCUUUGCAAAGUGUUGCCAUGUCUCUGCCCAGAGGUUUUCUUCAGGAUUAUUCAUACAUCUUGCUUGCCAAAAGUCGUGAGAUGGUUUCUGUAAAGGAUUUUAUCGGUGCUAAAGAUCUUCUGUGUGCUCUUGAAAAAGAAGUACAGCAACACGUGCAAGUUGGAAACACGUUGCUUUUUAAAUUGUGUAAAAUGGUUGGCUGGGAAGCACUUCUCGUUGAGAUCUGGCAUUGCCUUUAUGCUUGGCCAGCAACAACUGUCUGCGAUACGCAAGCGUUGGUUGUACAGUGCAAGCAAUGUCUUGGAGCUUUACAAGCAACAGAUCAAGUAAUUCCUCGACAAGAGAUCAUAGAAUAUUGCACAGUCUUUAUGUUAAAUAUGGCAGAAUGGGAUUAUUUGACAACACUAGAAAAACGUUGGGCUUAUGCUGAAUUUGCUGCGGCCAUUAGUAGUGUUUGUCAGGAAAUUGUAAAAUAUAAGGGGAGUCGAAAGUUUCCUAGAGAGAGUUGGGAUAUGGUUUUAGUUGCUUUUGGUCCAAGCAGAGACCAGCCACAAAAACGUAGCAGUAGUGGCAACAGUUCAGGCAGUAGCAGUGCGUCAAAGGAUCUCAUCGCUGGUGUUUCAGCUUUACUAAGUAGACUUCGUGAACCUACAGCACUUACAGUAGCAAUCUCAUUACUGGCUAGGUUACACAAUGUCCUGCGUGAUGAAUCCAGCCUAGAACUUUAUGCACAGUAUCUUACACUUUGGCCAGUCAGCAUACCAAACUCAAAUUCAUACAAUCACAGAACGAUUAGUGAACAUUUGUUUCAAUUAUUGAUGCAAGCUCUCAAAUAUUACCCAAGCAAUGUCCCCUGGUUAAGAUUAAUGGGGGAUCUUAACUUUGUUUUAGCCUAUUAUGAAAGCGCAAUGAAGUAUUAUCUAGAGGCUAUUAUGGUAUCCAGUGAUUUGUUUAGUCAACCUGUCCCACGAACACAAAUUGAUGAUCUUGUGUACAGAAGAAUGAUUAAGUGCUGUGCACACUUGCAGUGCUACACACAAGCAGCAGUGCUUUGUCAAUUCUUAGAAGAAGUCGAUUAUUCGUUAGCUUUUAAAAUGGCUGCUAGUGAUCAAAAAAGCUGUGCACCAGCCGAUGCAAUGGAUGCAUAUUAUCACUGUGUCUGGGACACGACCAUCCUCGAAUAUCUAAUUCAUUUGCAUACUAAACGGGGCGAGCAUCACAGAAAGCAGCUCGCGAUCAAAGUGAUCGGUUUGCUUGAAUUAAAUUCUAAUAAUAUCGAGAAGAUCCAGAAGGAAGCUGCAAAUAUUCGUAAAGCAAAGUUCCUUAGAGCUUUAGCAAGACAAUAUGUUUAUUAAAUUGAUUGUGUAUAACUGUAUAUAACACUGUAUAUAUAUUGCUACUGAUAAUUAUGAUACUUUACAAAUAAAAUUUUGGAUGGCA